GGUCACGUCGAUCACGUUGAUGCAAGCGCGUAAAUUGGGUGAAGUGGCCAGCGCCGGUCUGGCGGGAUGGACCCAUCGCCGCUCGAGAGCGUCCCCUUUGUAGCUCUGCGCGAGGCUCAAGCUCAUGCGACCCAUGAUCACGCUCAACAUGGUGCGACACCGACAGGAGAGAUCGAUUGGCAAGCUCGCUACAUCGAAUUGCGCGAGACGUUCAAUAAGGAUCUAAGCCGAGCAAGAGACGACUACCGACGACUCAAGAGCAAGUAUGAUCUGCUACUGAUCUCACUGGAGACGCUGGACAGCAAUUACUCUAACGACAAGAGAAAGUGGCGUGCUUGGAAGCAUUACCUUGCCCAGAGUACUCACAGGAGGUCGCCUGAGCUAUUGGCCGAACCGAACUCGUCAGCUUGCGCAGCGCCAGCGACAGUCGUCACUGCGGGCCAUUUCCGCACCGUUCAAGGCUUGUGCACGCCCACUUCGUCGCCGCUCUAUCCGACCACGCUGGCGAUUGUGCCCUUGCCAGAUAUGGAGCUCCCUUUGCAAAGGCAGCUCAUGUCCCAAGCUGUCAUUUCUCAACCGAUUGCCACACAAGAAGAAGCAUCGCAAGAGCUCGUCCCUGCUUCUUGCGAAUCGCUCAGUCUUCCGCAAGGCCCCGCAACAGCGGCUGCGCCUGUCGCUGCUCUUAGUCAGAGUAGCCGACCCGGCAGCGAACCUUGCGCAUUUCCUGUUCAGUCCUUCAACGAUGUGUCACAUUACAAGCCACAACUAUGCGCCUCGCUAGCGGGCUCCAGCAGUCAGCCAGCGGACUCGCAAGAUGAGCCGAUGCAGGAUGCGAGCGAGCUGCUAGACAUCAUUCUCGCGCCUACAACAACGACUGUGAGGCAGAGUCCUGAAUCUACAAUCACUUUGUCAGAGGCCAGUCAAGAACCGCUACCGAUUGUGCCUUCAAAGCCAAUGAUGUCAAGGCUCAGACGUAACGAUACGAUCAUCACAAGCGCUCCAUAUGUCCCGAAGACGCCACGCAGAGGCGAGCCAGAUAUCAGUACAGUGUGUGCAACCAGCGGAGCGCCCAACCCGGAGAAGAAGAGACUCGGAGCGACCAGAUCGGUCCCUGAGCAAGCUCGAUCCCGAACAGUGCGUUCGCGCGAGCACUCGACGAGCGAUGCAGACGAAGAGCUUUCGCCAGAUCACACGCGCAACCUGAAGCGGGCCAGACAGAGUCUGCCAGGGUCAGGCUGGUUGAGACGGCUCGAGGAAGAUGCACCUGCGCAGCCGGGCGGGCAAUCAAGGGCAAAGAGCGUCCGCAAGAGCAUGUCGGCUGCAGAUCAUACCACUCGCAAACCCUCAAAUGAUUGUAAGCUCCGAAAGCCAUCUGAUGAUCGCAGCACUCGCAAAGCAUCAGCUGAAGGUAGUGUCCGCAAAGACGCUUCGACUUCGACGUACACGCCUUUGAUGAUCUCGCGAUCAGCCCCAAGGCUCUUGCAUCGCUCUGCGCCUCAGCACUUGCAAAAGACAGGCUGGAUCAACACGCGCAAGCUACCAAGAGAUGACUUUGAUUUCGGAUCAAGCGACGAGGAGCUGUCAACACCUCCCGCAGACGAGCCGAAACGCAUGCUGCUCAGGAGCAAGUACGCCGACGCAGCUGUCAAGGAAACGCGCGAUACUUCGUUCAAUGACUUGUUCAUGCCGAAUCCGGCAUUGCAUACCGAAGGCGAAGGCGUCUACCUCGAUGUCGUACGCAAGAGGAGCGACCGCAAGAAGAUGCACGCAGGUGCAUGCGAAUGCUGCGCAGGCUACUAUGCCGAAUGUGUCGAAGAAUACGGCGGCGAAGCACGUGAGCACAUCGAUCGCGUCUCUCGUCACCGCUAUCAGUUCCCAAGAGCGCAAACACCUCCCGACUACUGGCAGAUGGGAUUCCCGGAUACCCAACGCGUUGAAGACAUCAAGCGCCGCGCAGAUGAACAGAAGCAGCAACGAUUGCUCGAGACAGCUCGCCAAGCAGCUCGUGGCGACGGUCCCUUUGUGCUUCGUCCAGGCAUGCGCAAGGAGCUCGAUCGCUUGCUAGGCAAGGAUAAUCCGUUCAAGACAUCGCGUGGCUAGAUACGCAUGCAGAAUACAGGUAUACAUGUGCUAUAGGUGAUAGUUCCUGUUGUCGUCUAAUUCUACUGCUUCGUUGUCGCCGAUUUUGGC